CAGUGACACAUCACCCUCCUCCCGCAUAGGUGCUGCUGGGGCCACUGUCUGAGCUUGGAGACACACAAUGUUUUCCAGGAGGGUCCAGAGCUGCUUUUUCAUCCUUCUCAUUCUUGGUUUCUCCCAGGCUCUUCUCAUUGACGUUCCUCUGGAUUCAGUUAAUGGAACUGUCAGUCAUUCUGUCCUUCUGCCCGUCUCCUAUAGGCUCCAGGGGCCAUUUCCCUCUCCUCUGUCCAUUCAGUGGAAUUUCAGUAACAACCCUAAUCCAUUAGUUUUGUACACAGUGACUAACUGCUCUGUCAGUGCUGAGGGGAUUCCCACCCGCUGCUCUGGAUAUAAUUAUAUACAUCCCACAUACCAAGGCCGGACUGAAUUUUUCCCUGAAAAUGCUUCUCUGCUCCUUCAGAACCUGCAGCUCAGCGACAGCGGAGUCUAUAGCGUCAUCUUCAAAGUACCACAGCAAACCAGACGCAUCACAUUAAUUGUGUCUGAACCUCAUUUCAACCAUAGAAAUGCAGAUACUGGAUCAGAGGAUAUGAAGGCAAGGAGUACAUCCAAAGCAGUAUGUGCCAUAUUUGCAGUUUCUGUGCUCUGCGGUUUCAUCACCAUUGGGGCCCUCUUCGUGGUGCUUUUCCUGCACUUCACACACAUGACAUGCGCCCUGCUGCCUUCAUCGCAGGAAAGCUUUGAAUCCUGCUGAUGAAAUAAGAGUUGGCUGCCCCCAGGUACCCUGCAUCAGCUUCUAAGAGGGGUCUGCAGACUUCUUUAUAAGCAGAAUGUGUGGAAUCUUCAAAACUCAACAUAGAACUGGAAGCGUUCUGUGGCUGAGGAUACAGAGGGAAGAGUAAGGGUACAUCUACACUACGGGACUAUUCCGAAUUUGCAUAAACCGGUUUUCUAAAACAGAUUGUAUAAAAUCGAGUGCGCGCGGCCACACUAAACACAUU